UGAAGGCAGCUGGGUGACGUCGGCGUAUGUUCUUCAUGGAGGGAUGUAAAGUUUUCAAACAUGACUUUACACACUGUGUUUAGCCCAAGCUAAUACCAUGGGAUGUCUUUGGGGAUUGGGCUUUAGUAGCAUUAGCUGAAAUAUCUGAGAUCACGCGUUUGGUUCAGAUUCCCGACUUAUUUAGAAUCGUAAUUUCACUGCUAUUAUGCCAGGCUUGCUAUCGUUAGCUAAGGAAGCGGUCCUCCCGUUUUGACCUCUGACAGAAAGUUUAACGAAGAUAAGUUCAAUGGAGAGUUCACUGGUAAAAGACAACCCAUUACUUUUACCUCUCAACAAUGAGAAAACCGUCUAUGAUGGAUUUGUCACUGUCCAGGAACGAGACUUCAGAAUCAGAAUACUACUACCACCAGAUCGCCAACUCAAACGGGCCAAGCUGCACUGCAGUUGGCAGUUGAAAAACCUGUUGCAUGGAUAUGAGCACGUAGUGAAACAGAGGCUGCAGCAAUCAGCCGAUCUUGUCAGUUUCAUACUGGAGGUGAAGACUGUCUUGGAAGUGGGUCUGAAGAGCCGUCCUGAGUGCAGCUCCAUCCCACCUCCACAGUAUUACUCGCAGCUCAUCUCUGAGAUGGAGACCCUUGGGUGGGACAAGCUGCUUUUCAUAGACAUGGAGUUCCGAACGUUGAGACUGAAAGCGCAGGACUCCUCUGGAAGGCAGCACAUUCUCACUAUUAAACUUAAGCCUAAGCACCCUGCAGAGGCUCCCGAAUGCUCAGCUGACCUGCCAGUCCCUCUGGCCAUAACAUGGACACCACAGAGUACUCUGGAGGAGCUCCACAACCAGUUUCUACUGGUUUUGGAGUCCUUGACAGAGUUCUGGGACGUCCUGGAUGAGAUUGACAGCAAGACCUGGAUUCUGGAGCCGGAAAAACCCAGCCGGUCCGACACCAUGAGGCGGAUCACCAUUGGACACAACACAUCCAUCAAUGUGGAGGUAGAUCCCAGACACCCUAAGAUGCUGCCAGAGUGCUGCCUGCUGGGAGCCGAGCAUGUGGUGACUCCGCUGAGGAAUAAGCUUAACGCCAAUAUGCACUUGUGGAACCCGGACUCCAGCGUCUUGCACAACCUCCAGGAUGUUUUGGAGAUCGAAUUCCCAUCACCUGCCACCCACGAAAAAUCUGUUUUCAGCGUUGAGUGUGGGAUUUGUUACUCCUAUCGCCUUGAAGCUGCGAUCCCUGAUCAGGUGUGUAACAACCCUCGCUGUGGCCAACCCUUCCACCAGGCCUGCUUGCAUGAGUGGCUGCGAGCACUACCCUCCAGCAGGCAAAGCUUCAGCAUUGUUUUUGGAGAGUGUCCUUACUGCAGCAAGCCUAUUACAGUGAAAAUGUCAGUCCAGAAAACCUGAGAAGUGGCUUUGGGGAAUAGCUGAAGAAGACAGAAGUAAAACUAGUAGAACCUGCUCAAAACAUGCUCAAAGUUUUCUG